UCAGUACGCAGUGAAGGAGUCGACUUUUUUCGCCAAUAAAUUCCAACACAGAUGAGCAAUCAAUAAAAUAAAGCAAUCGCACAAUCAAGCCAUAAAUAUAAACAAAUAAAUAUGCCGGCUGUGGUGCGCAUAAAGCGUCGCAUUGACGAGGAGCCCCACUCGGCCUUUGUACUUAAUGGCAAACGCCGCCGUUUGCUUAACGAUGAAAAUGCGCCCGCUUCGACGACGACGACGACAGACAACAAAGAGGAAUCGAGUCAAGUAAUCCUCAAAUUUGCCGGCACGCUUGAAAAACAGGAUGACAGUGCGACUAAAAAGUUUGCGGCCGCCCGCCUCAACAAGGAGUCGGCCAAGGAGCUGUUGCGGCAAACGAAUGAUCCGGCAAUUGCCACAGCGCAGAGGCGCGACAAACAGCGACAGGAGGCGCAACAAACAGCGCGCGAGCAACGGUAUCGUGUGGUGAACUGUUUGCGCACAGCGCUCCACGAGGACGAGGAGGAAAAUGGAGGAGAAAACGGAGCAGCUGCUGCAAAUGCAGCUGGCAGCAGCAGCAACAUGAGCAACAGCAGCUGCCCACAACAACCGACUGAGAAGAAACAAAUAACAAUUGUGGACAUUGAGUCGCAACAGACGCAACAAACAGCGCCUCAGUCGCCAUUGGAGGCGCACCAACAGCCGGCAGAUUCGGAUAUUGGCUAUGUGUACGAUCUGUAUGUGCCGGAGAAUGAGACGCAGGCGGACUAUGUUGAUAUGUUGGACGACAACUAUUUAAGUCUGCGUCCGGUGGACGAGAUCGUUUUUGAGGACUGUUUCAAUGAUGGGGACGAGGAUUACGACUCCGAGGACUCCAAUCAGGAGAACUACUACGCAAACGAUUAUCCCGAUGACGAUGAGCCAGGUGCAAUGGGCUCGGACGACGAGCUCUGCCAGCAAAUGAAUAAAUUUAUGUUCGAUGAUGAUGAGGAUGAGUUCGCCAGCGGCUCGAGUGACGCCGAUGAUUACAACACAUUCCAGGAUCCGUAUAUUCACACAAUCGACACCGAGGCGGAUGACUCCUUUGUCGAUGACAUCGACUUCUGCAACGUGGAUCGUCAGGGCAGCGCCUACGAGCGUUACAAGCGCCGCAUUCUGCGCGAAGUCGAAGGACUCGACUCCGAGGACUCGGAGGAUUCGGACGAGUCUGAGCCGUGCUUUGAGAGUGCCAGUGAACAUGGCAACAUUAGCGAUUGAAUUGAUCAUCAAGCAACUAAACAAAUAAUAAUCAUAUACCGUGUAUUACAAUCUAUUAUUUUUAUUUACUGCACCGAGCGGCAAAGCAAAUUGUUUUUGUAUUCGAAUAUUUAGUCUUUAGUUCGUAGAAGAAGCACUUUAAAGCAUUCACUUAUUUAUCUAGAUCUAGAUCAAAUUCUUUGAAUUGAAUAAAAUGUAUAACAUUUAAUUGACCAACUUCAA